AUGAUGUCCAAUAACAAUAGUAUUUGCAAUGGAUGUUCCUCCACAACCACUACCACGAUCAAUAAUAAUUCACGUUUCCUCUCUCCAACAGCCUCCUCUGCAGCCAGAAGAAGAGAAACCCUGCUGAGUACUCCAAAGAAAGCUCCACUCAAUUCAGCACCAUCAUCAUCAUCAGUUACUCAUCCAUCAUGUAAUGUAGCCAUGGAUGAGAAACAAUCUUCAUCAAAGAAGAAUCAUCUCAUUCAUACCCCACCUCCAAAUCAUCACCAUCAUCAACAUUCAAUUAUCAAACAUACAAAUUCUGUACCAUCGAAGAGAGGAACACUAUUGUACGAUCCAAAGAAUGCUCCAUCAACAGUCUCUAAAUCAAGUUCUAAAACUACACAUCAAUUAAAACCACAACCAUUGCCUCCUACAUUUGCCUCACCUCCAAAGAGGAAUACAACAGUUAAUUUCCACUCACCUCGAUCAAAAGCUCCAAUUCUCAGAACACCUAAAUCUCCACCAAAUAAUUAUAUUCCUGAAAAUCAGAGAGAGGCUUGGUCUAAUUUACAAACUUUGGGUGUGAUGAGUCCAUAUUCUAAGAGCUUAUUUAGUCCAUCAUGUCCAGAAACUCCAUUCUACAAGAAACAAGGUAGAUUUGGUAAUAUUAUUCUUCAAACAUCACUUUCUAAAAUGACAAAGGGAAUUAUGCUUGAUAAUGAGGAAUAUUUGACAGUUGGCUGUUAUACACAAUGUAAUAUUAGAGUUAAUCACAAAUGUCUUCUCAAGUUUGAUCCUGAUUAUGAUGAAGAAGGUUAUCCAUGUAUAUUUUUAUGUGUUUAUGAAGGAGCAAGUUUAAUCAAGCUUAAUGGAGAAAUUCUGGAAGGAUUAAUUGAGGAUGAUAUGGAUGGAAUUUUGUUAAAACACGACGAUGAGGUUAGAAUUAUAGACAAGUUGUUUUACUAUGAGAAUUUGAAUCAAUACGAAAGAGAAAAGAUGAAACUGGUUAGAGAAGUUGUUUCACAAUUGCCAUUAUUUGAUGCUGAGAAGGAAAAUCAACCAAAUCGUAUCAAUUCUACACCAAAAAAGGAGAAUGUUGAUGCUAAAACUGAAUUAUUCAGCCCUCCUCCAACAGGUUUUCCAACCUAUGUUGAUACCCCUAAGAGAAAACAGUCAAUCACCACUAAGAGAACUUCAAACGUUUCUGCUUAUGGAUUCCAAAUGAAUGCUACUUCUUUGGGAUCAUUUUCAGUUGCCACUGAUUCAUCCCUUAUCUAUGAUUGCAAUAAUGAGAAUAUGACCUCCACAGGUAGAAAGUCUGUAUCAUUUGGAGAGUCUGAAGUUGUUGUUUACAAACCUUCACACGAGCCAAGAAGAGUUUCAGCCAGAUUACAAAUUGAUGACGAUCUUUCCACAUCUAUGAAUGAUGAUUCUACUAUUUCUUUUGGAUGUGAUAAUUCAAUGCACGUUGAUGAUGUAACCAUUACACAAAGUAAUUUGACAAGUUUAAGUAACCUUUGCCAAAUUAUUUGCCUCCAAGAAGACCAACAAUGUACAGUGCAACCUGUAAUUGAUACUGGAAAGCCACCAGUUCUUGAUUGUGAUGAUAUAGAUUUAUUAAUCGAUGAUACUUUUAGCCAACCAAAUGUUGAAACUAACAAUGUUGAGCCAGUUUCCUCAAUGGCUAUGGAUGAGUCACCGGAGCUUUCCCCAAAUAAGGAACCAAUUAUAGAUGAAGAUUCUGUUGAUGCUAUUCCAACACCAUCAAGCUCUCAUUCAUCAAAAGCAUCCAAUUCAAGUUGUAAGAAGAGGACACCACAUGUUUAUACCUCUUCUGAUUCCGAGUCUGAUAUGUCUAGUUGUAAGAAGUCUGUUCUUUCUGAGGAAGAUGAACGUUUUCUCAACGAAAGAUUUGAUUAG